AUGCUUGGAAGUGCUAUGUACGAGUUGGUUAAGGUUGGUCAUGCCAAUUUGGUUGGUGAAGUUAUCAGAAUUAACGGUGACAAAGCAACCAUUCAGGUUUACGAGGAAACCGCAGGUGUCACUGUGGGUGAUCCUGUUUUGAGAACAGGUAAGCCAUUGUCGGUGGAAUUGGGUCCUGGUUUAAUGGAGAACAUUUAUGAUGGUAUUCAAAGACCUUUGAAGGAAAUUAAGGAGAAGUCCCAGUCCAUUUACAUUCCAAGAGGUAUUGAUGUUCCAUGCUUAGACAGAGUGAAGCAGUACGACUUCAACCCAGGUGCUUUGAAGGUUGGUGACCACAUCACUGGUGGUGAUAUCUUCGGUUCCAUUUACGAAAACUCUUUGUUGGAUGACCACAAGAUCUUGUUGCCUCCUAGAGCCAGAGGUACCAUUACCUCCAUCGCCGAAUCUGGCUCCUACACUGUGGAGGACCCAGUUUUGGAGGUUGAGUUCGAAGGUAAGAAGCACAAGUACUCUAUGAUGCACACUUGGCCUGUCAGAGUCCCAAGACCAGUGGCCGAGAAGUUGACCGCCGACUACCCCUUGUUGACUGGUCAGAGAGUCUUGGACUCUUUGUUCCCUUGUGUGCAAGGUGGUACAACCUGUAUUCCAGGUGCUUUCGGUUGUGGUAAGACUGUCAUCUCACAAUCUUUGUCCAAGUUCUCUAACUCCGAUAUCAUUAUUUACACCGGUUGUGGUGAGCGUGGUAACGAGAUGGCUGAGGUGUUGAUGGAGUUCCCUGAGCUUUACACUGAGUUGAGUGGUAAGAAGGAGCCUAUUAUGAAGCGUACUACUUUGGUCGCAAACACAUCGAACAUGCCUGUCGCUGCUCGUGAAGCUUCUAUCUAUACUGGUAUCACUCUUGCUGAAUACUUCCGUGACCAGGGUAAGCAUGUUUCUAUGAUUGCUGACUCUUCUUCUCGUUGGGCCGAAGCCUUGAGAGAACUUUCUGGUCGUUUGGGUGAAAUGCCUGCUGACCAGGGUUUCCCUGCCUAUUUGGGUGCCAAAUUGGCCUCUUUCUACGAGCGUGCCGGUAAGGCUACUGCAUUGGGAUCACCAGACAGAAUUGGUUCCGUUUCCAUUGUUGCUGCUGUGUCUCCAGCUGGUGGUGAUUUCUCCGAUCCCGUGACAACUGCUACUUUGGGUAUUACUCAAGUUUUCUGGGGUUUGGACAAGAAGUUGGCCCAGCGUAAGCAUUUCCCAUCUAUCAACACCGGUAUCUCAUACUCUAAGUACACCAACGUGUUGGACCCAUACUAUGAGAAGAACUUCCCAGGCUUCAAGGCUUUGAGAACCAAGAUCAAGGAGAUCUUGUCGAAUGCUGAGGAGUUGGAGCAGGUUGUGCAAUUGGUCGGUAAGUCCUCCUUGUCCGACUCAGACAAGAUUGUCUUGGAUGUUGCUAACUUGAUCAAGGAAGACUUCUUGCAGCAGAACGGUUACUCCUCUUACGACCAGUUCUGUCCUAUUUGGAAGACUUACGACAUGAUGCGUGCUUUCGUGAGCUACCACGAUGAGGCACAGAAGGCUGUUGCCAACGGUGCUGCCUGGAACAAGUUGGCUGAGGCCACUGGUGACGUGAAGCACUCUGUUUCGAGCGCCAAGUUCGUCGAGCCCUCCGAGGGUGAGGACAGUGGUCGUAAGAACUUCAACGAUUUGUUCACGAAGAUCAGCGAACGUUUCGGUGAAGCCGCCGAGUAA